AUGGAGCUUAUGCAUUGUUUCGAGCCAGGGUGCAAGAAUGAGGUUGAAUACUCAUGCCCAUGCACCUCUCCUGAAAGUCUAUCUUGUGAAGUGCAUGUUGGUAAGCAUAUGAAAAUCCCUAAUAGAGCUCAUAAUCGCAACUCCAUUUUUGUAGAGUCAUGUAAAGAGACAAAAGAAGAAAUUCUUAAGUUUCUUACAAGUGAAAACUCAAAAAAUAGUAAGCUAAGAGGAAAGAUCUUAGCAUCCUUUAGCAAGCGCUUACUUGAAUCAGAAAGUGACAUGAUGGAACUCUUAAAAAAUCUGGAUUCAAGCUCAGUUGAAAUAAGCAAUUAUUUUACAAAAAUUUCUCAAGCUCAAAAAUUAUCAAAAUCAGAGCAAGACCCGAUUUUAGGACUAUUGACUUUACAGCCUGAUGAAGCUAUUGAUAAACUAAAGCGGAUUAUUCCAGCCAAUCAAGAAUCGUCCAAAAGUGCAAAAUUAUUUUGUGUGCUCAGUGAAAAAAUUGAAAAAAUGAUUGAGUGUUUUAUUGGGGAUAAAUUUGAAGCUUAUUUAGAUAAAAGACUGUCUAAUAUAGAAAACAGUCUUCAAGAGCACAUUAAAUCAGCCAAUGAAGAGCAUAAAAAUAUCAUUGAUUCAACGGAUGAUCAGCUAGCAAACAUCAAUGACAUUAUUUCGAAGCUGAUAAAUGAGAAUAAAAAAAACGAGAGAGAUCUCAAAGACUCUAUUUCUGAGCUGAUAAAUGAGAAUAAAAAAAACGAGAGAGACCUCAAAGACUCUAUUUCUAAGCUGAUAGAUAAGAAUAAUAAAAACGAGAGAGACCUCAAAGACUCUAUUUCCAAGCUGAUAAAUGAGAAUAAAAAAAGCGAGAGAGACCUCAAAGACUGGAAAGAAGAAAUAAUGCUUAAAUCAAAAAACGAAAUAGAUCUGCUUAAUUCUCAAAUAAUUAACAUAAAUCAAGAUCUCAGCAAAAUCAAUGAAAUCAGAAAAAGCCCAAAAGUCUCAAGAGAGCUAAGAGAGAAGAGAUCUGAAAUUUUAAAUAGACCAAAUGACCCAGAAUUAGAGCAAGACUUUAGGAGAACCUGCUCAAGUCACAGAAGAGAUAUCUAUCUUGAUGAUCCAACUCUCCAGCAAGCUUAUCAAGAUUAUACUAAUGCUUAUCGCCAAAAAGCAUCUCUUUAUACAAUUAUAAGAGAUAACAACAGAACUAAUUUGAUUAUUUAUGAUACAGAAAAUGAUAGUAAAGAAGUCAGGAUAGUAGAGACUCCUCUACCACUGGAUUGCGGCACUUGCAUUGCUCAGCUUCCUAAUGGUAAUUUAUUUUGCUUUGGUAAUAGAAACCCAGUUUCUGGAUUUCAUUGAUAA